AUGGAUACCUACACUAUCCUUGGCGGCACAGGAAACUGUGGCUCUGCCCUUAUUGAGAACCUUCUCCAAUCGCCAAAGAACAAAAUCCGAGCCUAUUGCCGUAAUCAGGCGAAGCUGCAUCGUCUCCUUCCCCAAGUCGUCGAUAACAAACAAGUCGAAAUCAUUGAAGGCAGCAUCUAUGAUGUUGAUGUCAUGAUCAAUUGUGUCCGCGACAGUAAAGCAGUUUUUCUGACAGUCACAACAAACGAUAAUGUCCCCGGAUGCAGUCUUAGUCAGGACUGCGCCGCGACUGUAAUAAAAGCCUUGGAGAAGAUUAAAGGCGAGUCAGGCCCAGGACUCAAGCUCCCCAAACUAGUUCUGCUAAGUUCCGCUACCAUCGACAAUCACCUUGCCCGCAAUAUGCCAGGUUGGUUCCGUCCCAUCAUGUUGGCCGCAGCCUCCCACGUUUAUCGUGAUCUUAUGGUCACUGAGAAGUUCCUCCGUUCCCAUUCCGACUGGGUUUCCACUAUCUUCAUAAAGCCCGCUGGUCUGUCUGUGGACAUUCAGCGCGGUCACACAUUGACCUUGGACGAAGAAGAAAGUUUCAUUAGCUACCUCGAUCUUUCAGCUGGCAUGAUAGAAGCUGCGCAAGAUGAGGAAGGGCGGUAUGACGGAAUGAAUGUCGGUGUGGUGAACAAGACCCGAGGCGUUGGUGCUAAAUUCCCACGAGGCACCCCUAUGUGCAUCUUGAUGGGUUUGGUGAGACACUUUUUCCCCUUCUUGCAUCCAUAUCUUCCUACAACAGGUCCCACAUAA